UAUAGCUAAAAUGACCUUUAAACCCUUCAAACAUCCUUUAUUUGACAAGCUGAAUACGAAACGAUUCAUUCUUGCUUCCACCUCGCCUAGAAGAAUUGAAAUUCUCGAACAAAUGGGGUUCAAGAACGUUGAAGUAAUCCCAUCCAAUUUCGAGGAGAAUCUGAAGAAGGAGGACUACGAACCAAAAGAAUACGUAAGACACACUGCUAUAGGUAAAGCGCAAGCUGUUUAUGAUGAUUUAAAAUCAAAGAAUGAACAUGAAAACACGGUUAUAUUAGCAGCAGAUACUGUCGUUGAGCUGAUGGGUGAGAUCUACGAGAAGCCAAUCGACAAGGAGCACCAGUUGAAGAACCUGAAACAUUACAGAGAUUGUGCCCAGCCUCAACAUGUACUCACUGCUGUUGUUCUCCUCGUUGAUGGCGAGAUGGAUACCAUGGUGGAGCAGACGAGUAUCUACUUCGAUGAGACGUUGAGCGACGAAUUCCUACAGAGCUACGUCGAUACUGAAGAGGGACUUGGUGUUGCUGCCGGUUAUAGAGUCCAGUUGAGAGGUGCCUUGAUGAUGAAGAAAAUCGAUGGUGAUUACUUCAACUGCGUUGGAUUACCAUUUCACUCCACCUUCAAGCUCAUGGAAAAGAACAUCUUAUAGAGCAUAAUAAAUCUAUUACUACAG